AUGGCUGAGAAUUUCUAUAGCAGUGUUCAGCAGCCCUCAAUAGUAGCAGGAGAGCUAGAUGAUAGAAGGAAUCCAAGGCUAAGGUGUGGCAAGAGGCGCCGCGGGCUCGCAGGGACGCGGGGCGGAAUGAGGGCGCCAGGCCCGGCUUCACGCUUUGGGUCACACUUCACAGCUAGCUCUGGAGAAGUCGCUCCAUUCAUCGAGGGGGUGACCAGGGGGCGGGGUCAGGCUCUGCCCAUCGCUGGGCCUCAGUUUCCUAGUCUGGAAAACGAACCAGAGGGUGCACUCUCUGUGGUGGCUCCGAACCCUAAGCCCCGGAGAAGCUUGCAGAAGCCCGGCUGCUCGCCCGCCCCCUGCACCCCCCCCGCACGCUCCAGUUCACUCUCAACACCGACUCACAACUUACCCCAGCGCGCGCUUGUCGGGGGGAGGAGGGGGGUGGCCUCUCACCGCCCGGCCGGAAGUAGGGGGAACUCCAGGCAAGAGGGACCGAAAGACCCGGGGAAACGCGGGGCAGGCGGACUCCACGAAAAGGUCUCUGGGCGCCAGCGAGACCGAGGAGCGGUCCGGGUAAAGGAGACCCCUCCGGGCCCUGGAGUGAGGCGUUCACUCUCUCCACCCCCCACCCCCCCCUCCCCCGACGUCCGAGCCCGGCCAGCGGAACCUCGGCCCUGGGGCCAGCCCGCGCUUUUAGGGGGGGAGGGGAAAGGGAGAGGAGGGGAGGGGAAGAGGCGGAGGAAAAGACAGCUGGUGCGAGCUGCAAAGAGCCGGCUUGAGUCGGCCCCGCCCCCUCAUGGGGACGCCGCGAGACGUCACGAGGUUGGGCUUCCCCUGUCUUCCCCCCCAAUGGCUUGGUUCCCGGGGCUCGAGCCAGGCCACGCCCCUUCGCCCCUCUAUAAAAGGGCGGGCGGGGCGGACGGGGGCUUCCAGACGGGCGAGCCCGCGGGCUGUAGUAGUUCGACUUAUUGCUAA